AUGGUGGGUGAGUGUACUUUAAAUAUCGUUAGCGCGUACACGCCGCAAGUAGGCUUGGAUGAGGAGAUUAAAAGGCAUUUUAGGGAGGGAUUGGAUGAUAUCGUUCGUAGUAUUCUGCCUUCGGAGAGGUUAUUCAUAGGAAGAGAUUUCAAUGGUCAUAUUGGGUCGUCUGCAGUUGGUUAUACUGAGGUGCAUAGCGGCUUUGGUGUCGGGGAGCGGAACGGAGGGGGCACUUCCCUGUUGGACUUUGCCAAGGCAUUCGGUCUAGUGAUUGCGAACUCAAGUUUUCCUAAGCGGGAUGAGCAUUUGGUUACUUACAAAAGUGUCCAAGAUAAAGUGGAAGCGAAGAAGGCGGCGUACCUGCGGUUCGUAGGGAGCUCUGGAGAGGAGGAGAAAAGAGCGAACAGUGAGAGAUAUAAGGUAGCUAGGAAGGAGAAGAAGAUGGUAGUAAUGGAGGCUAAGACGACAACUUUUACUCGUCUGUAUAAGGAACUAGGGAACAAAUGA